UGAAGGCGCGGGAGGGUGCCCUGGAGGAUCCAGCUGUGCCCCCAGAUGUUGAGGGCCCCCAAAAAUACCUUCCCUGCUCCCGAAAUGCCCCAGAUGUGAUCGGUGAGGGGCCAGAUUCAGAUGUUGGGGACCUGAAAAUGCCCAAAGUGGCCAAAAACACCUCAGAGGCUCCAGAUGUGGCAGCAGAAACCCCAAAUCCAGAUGUGCUAUGGGCCAGAAAUGGGCACCGGACACUGCAGGUGGACAGUGACACAGAUGUGGAGGAGGAGGGGCCAAACCCAGAUGUUGGGCCACAAAAAUGGCUUAAAAUGACCCAAAAUGUGCCUGAAACUCCCGAUGUGAGGCUAAAAACCCAAAAUCCAGAUGUUCCAUGGCUUAAAAGUGGGCAUGGCACCCUGCUGGUGGAGAGCGACACAGAUGUGGAGCAGGAGGAGGCUGAUCCAGAAGUGGAGCCCUCAGAACGGCUGAAAAUUACCCAGAACGUCCCAGAAACUCCAGAUGUUGCAGGAAAGACCCCAAAUCCAGAUGUUUCAGGCCCAAAAAUACGACACAGGAUGGAGCUGGUGGACAGUGACACAGAUGUGGACGAGGAUCCAGAUGUGCAGCCCCAGAAAAGGCUUAAAGUGACCCAAAACAUGCCUGGAAUUCCAGAUGUGGAGGUGGAAACCCCAAGUCCAGCUGUGAGGGCGCCCAAAAUUGGACACUGGAGAAUCCUGAUGGACAGCGACACAGAUCUGGAGGGGGAGGAGGAGAAUCCAGAUGUGCAGCCCCAAAAACAACUCAGAAUGCCCCAAAAUGUGUCCGAAACUCCAGAUGUGGCAGCAAAACUCCUGAAUCCAGAUGUUUCGGGCCCAAAACUCUGUUCUCGGAUGCUGCUGGUGGACAGUGAUACAGAUGUGGAAGACGAAGUGAAUCCAGAUGUGCAGCCCCCUAAAAGGCUCAAAGGGACCCAAAACGUGCACAGAAUUCCAGAUGUGGAGGUGGCGACCCCACAUCCAGCUGUGGAAAGCCCCAAAAUUGGCCAUCAGACACUGGUGGAGGACAGCGACACAGAUGUGGAGGAUGAUCCAGAUGUGCAGCCCCCAAAAAGGCUCAGAAGGACUCAGCAUUUGCCCAAAGCUCCAGUUGUGCGAUGGGGGACACAAAAUCCAGAUGUUUCAGGCCCCACAAUCAGGAGUCAGAUGCUGCUGGUGGACAGCGACACAGAUGUGGAGGAGGAUCCAGAUGUGCAGCCCCUGAAACAGCUCAGAGCGACCCAAAACGUCCCCGAAACUCCAGAUGUGGCUGCGAAGCCCCCAAAUCCAGAUGUUUCAGGCCCUGAAAUCAGGUGCCAGGCAUUCCUGGUGGACAGUGACACAGAUGUGGAGGAGGAGGAGGUGAGUCCAGAUGUUGAGACCCUAAAAAAGCUUGGAAUGACCCAAAAUGUGCCUGAAAGUCCAGAUGUGGUGGCACAGACCCCAAGCCCAGAUGUUGGAAUGACCCAAAAUGGGUGUCAGGCACUGCUGGUGGACAGUGACACAGAUGUGGAGGAGGAGGAGGUGAAUCCAGAUGUUUGUAAUUCUAAAAGAUGGAAAAUGCCUCAAAAUGUGCCCCAAACUCCAGAUGUGCCCCCACAGCCCCCAAAUCCAGCUGUGAAGAGGUCACAGAGGGGUCACGGGGCGCUGCUGGAUGACAGCGACACAGAUGUGGAAGAGGAGGCAAAUCCAGAUGUUGGAUCCUUAAAAAGAUUGAAACCAGCCCCAAAUGUGCCUGAAACUCCAGAUGUAAGGCUGGAAAUGCCAAAUCCAGAUGUUUCAGGCACAAAAAUUGGGUGUGGGACGCUGCUGGUGGACAGCAAGACAGAUGUGGAGGAGGAUGAGACAGGUCCAGAUGUUUGGCCCUCAAAAAGACUGAAAAUGACCCAAAAUGUGCCGGAAAGUCCAGAUGUGCCCACACUGGCCUCAAGUCCAGCUGUUGGAGGCUCUGAAUCCAGCUGUGGAGCCUUGGUGGGGGAGAGUGACCCAGAUGUGGGGGAGGACGAAGCUGAUCCAGAUGUUCAGCCCUCAGAAAGACAGAAGAUUACCCAAAAUGUGCCUGGAACUCCAGAUGUUAGGCUGAAACCCCCAAAUCCAGAUGUUGGGAGGCUCCAAGGGACCCAAACUGUGGCCGAGACGCCAGAUGCAGAGGGAGAGGAGGAAGAGUGGGAUCCAGAUGUGGCCACCCAGCUGUUCCUGACCCCAAAUCCAGAUGUGGGGGAGGCCGAGGUGGACCCAGAUGUUGGGAGCCCAGAACGACUCAAAAUGACCCAGAAGCCACCGGAAAUUCCAGAUGUGGAGGAGGAAGAGGAGUCAGAUCCAAGUGUGGCCACCCAGCUGUUCCUGCCCUCUCCUGAUGUUGGGAGCCCAAAACAACCCAAAAUGACCCAGAACCCUCCCAAAAUUCCAGAUGUGGAGGAGGAAACCCCAGAUCCAGAUGAGGAGGAAGAACAGGAGUCAGAUCCAGAUGUGGCCACCCAGCUGUUCCUGACUUCUCCAGAUGCUGGGAGCCCAGAAGGACCCAAAACUACCCCAAAGGACCCCAAAAUUCCAGAUGUAGAGGGGCUGCCUUCUCUGGAUCCAGAUGUGGCCACACAGCUGUUCCUGCCCCCACAUCCAGGUGUGGAGGACGGUCUAAAUCCAGAUGUUCUGGGUCCAAAACAAUCCAAAAUGGCCUCAAAUGACCCCAAAAUUCCCAUUGUGAGGGCGGAGACCCCAGAUCCAGAUGUGGAGGGGGAGGAGGACUUGGAUGUGGCCACCCAGCUGUUCCUGCCCCCUGAUCCAGAUGUGGAGGGGAAAGGACCCUCAGAACCAGGUAUUGGGUCCCCAAACCCACCCAAAAGUCCCCUAAACCUGCCUGAAAUUCCAGAUGUGGACAUGGAGAGCCCAAAUCCAGAUAUGGAGGGGUCACUGAGGGGCCACAGGACAUUGCUGGGGGAUGUUGAUCCAGAUGUGGAGGAGGCGGGCCCAAAUCCAGAUGUGGCAGCCUCAAAAAGGCCCCAAACAGCCCCGGAAGUCCCUGACAUUCCAGAUGUGGAGGUGGACACCCCAAGUCCAGAUGUGGAAGGGCCGGGGAGCCCUGGCCUGAAUCCAGAUGUGGCCACCCAGCUGUUCCUGCCCCCUGCCCCAGAUGUGGAACCCCUGGAAAGCCCCAAAAGGGCCCCAGACGAGCCCCAGGUUCCAGAUGUGGAGGAGGCGGCCCCAAAUCCAGAUGUGGAGGGUCCCCCAAGCCCCGCCCAGGAGGAAGCAGAAGCUCCGCCCACCCCGCAGGUGCGGCGCAGUCGGCGAUUGGCCGUGAGUGGAGGGGGCGGAGCCUCACAUGGCCCCGCCCCCACCCAGAAUGAGCACGAUCAAGGCUCCAAGCCACGCCCCCCAGAGGGGCAGGACCAAUCAGCGGCAGUGCUUGAAGAGGCCACACCCUCAGUGCCCAUAAAAGGAAAUGGGCGGGGCUCAGUCACAGCCCCGCCCCCAGAGGAGGAGGAGCCAACAGAGUGUGCCAAGCGCAGGCUCCGCCCACGGGCAGCACCAGGCUCCGCCCAGAUCCGGGUGCUGUUCACAGGCCUGGUGGCCUCCCCGGCGCUGCGGGUGGCCCUGGGGACGCUGGGUGGCACCGAGGCCACAUCAGUGCACGACUGCAGCCACCUGGUGACCGAUGGCAUCCGCCGGACGCUGAAGUUCCUGUGUGCCCUGGGCAGGGGCGUCCCCAUUGUCACCCCCCAGUGGCUACUCGAGAGCUCCCACAGUGGCCGCCUGCUGUCCCCAGGUCCCUUCCUGCCCCGGGACCCCCCCUGUGAGCGGCGCUUCGGCUUCCGCCUGCGCCUGGCGCUGGCCCGGGCCCGAGAGCGGCCCCUGCUGCAGGGCUACCAAGUGCACGUCACCCCCAGUGUCCAGCCGUGCCCCGAGGACAUGCGGGACAUUGUCACCUGCUGUGGUGGCACCUUCCUGCCACAGCUGCCCCAGGAAUACGCGCCCCGUGUGCUGGUGAUCUCGUGUCCCCAGGACCGCAGGCUGUGGCCCCCGGCCGUGGCCGCGCGGCUCCCGCUGCUCUCGGCCGAGCUGCUGCUCUCGGGGGUGCUGCAGCAGCGCCUGGAGCUGGCACCGUUCCUGCUGAGCCCCUGGCAGCCCCCCGAACACACCCCUGAGUCCCCCCAAAACACCCCAGAUCCCACCCAAAACCAAACUAAUCCCACCCAAAACCAAAAAAAUCCCACCCAAAACCAAACAAAUCCCACCCAAAAACACCCAAAUCCCAUCCAGAAUAACCCAAAUCCCACCCAAAAACACCCAAAUCCCAUCCAGAAUAGCCCAGAGCCCACCCAAACCCCAAAAAAUCCCGCCCAGAAGCCCCCAAAACCCACCCAAAAAACCCCAAAUCCCGCCCAGAAACGGAAAAAUCCCCCCCGAAAAACCUCAAAUCCUCCCCCAGAAACCCCAGAUCCCACCCCAAAAACCCCAAAUCCCCCCCAAAACCAAAAGAAUCCCACCCAGAAACGCCCAAAUCCCGCCCAAAGUACUCCAAACCCACCCCGAAAAACCCCAAAUCCCCCCCAAAACCAAAAAAAUCCUCCCCAAAAAACCCCAAAUCGCCCCCAGAAACGCCCAAAUCCCACCUUAAAUUCCCCAAUCCCACCCCAAACCCAGUCCCGGCCCCAUUCGAGGGGCUCCACCCCUCCCCCGAGCCCCCCCAGGACCCGGAGUGGGCGGAGACCCCCCCAAAAUCCCCCCCCAAAAACCCCAAAUUCACGCACCCACCAAAAAACCCCAAAUCCACCCAAAAAAUCCCCAAAUCCAUCCCAAAAAACCCCCAAACGGCCCCGGAGUCACUCAGAGGGUCCCGACCCCGAUUUUGGGGUCCCAUACCCCCCACAGGAGCCCCCCAGGACCCGGAGCCGUCAGGGACCCCCCCAAAAUCCCCCUCGGGACCCCCCAAAUUCAGGGACAUCCAAAAAAACCCCAAAUCCAACCCCAAAAACCCCAAACCCGCCCCAAAAAACCCCCAGACAGCCCCGGGGUCCCCCUGGGGGUCCCAGCCCCAAUUCUGGGGUCCCAGAUCCUCCCCUGGAGCCCCCCCGGACCCGGAGCGGGCGCAGACCCCCCCCAAAUGCAGGGAACCCCCAAAAAACCCCAAACCGGCCCCAAAGAGCCCCAAAUCCCACCCCAAAACGCACCCGGGGUCCCCCCGAGGGUCCCGCCCCUAAUUUUGGGGUCCCCGAGCCCCCCCCGAGCCCCCCCCGGACCCGGAGCCGCCGGGGGGCCCCAAUAAAGUGA